AUGUCCCUUCGACAGGCCCUGGUAGCAGGUGGCUGCGCCGUUGAGACGGUCAACGUCCUCAUCGAGAGCAAUCUUUCCUCAAUCGCACCGCGCACUUCCUCGAAUGCUGCCUUCACUACUGUGAGUAGCGACAUGGCCGACACAGGAGGAGGCAGCCCAUGCCACCCUUCAGACUGUAUGCAGAUCAGUCUUUCUCCCCUGUCAAAAGAAUUCCAUCCGAGACAUUCGACACAAUUUCACCCUCCCGCGUACUCCCCCGUAUUGAAAACAGAGUCUCCGUCUGAGUGCGAGGGUAAAACCGCUCAUGUUCUCCAAGAGAAGGUGCCGAUCCAUCCUGAAACCCAACAUCGUACAAUUCUCUUGACUGGCUUGCCGCCAUCGGUGAAUUUGCAGGACCUCACAAAAGCGAUAAGAGGUGGUCAAAUUCUUCAGAUGUCCCUGCGUGAUGGAGACAAGUACGCUCGAGUCUCGUUUGUAGAUCCCGAUGCAGCUGAGAUGUUCUUGCUGCAUUCCGAGCAAAGUGGAGUCUUCAUCAAAGGACAGAGAGUGCGCGUGUUGUGGAACGACCGCCAAAUGAAUCUCACACCACACCUUGCCAAUCGAACCGCAAGCGGUGCCACACGCAACCUCGUGAUUCGGCACUACAAGAAGUAUAUGACAGCCGACUCUAUCCGUCAAGAUCUCGACCACAUCCAUAAUCUCCAGGUCGUCAGCAUCCGCUAUUCCGGUCCACACUGCUUCAUUUCUCUUACCAGCGUUCAAGGCGCCUGUGCCGCCAGAAGUUGCAUGCACACCCGGCAAAAGUACAAGUGUGUGCAGAUCGAAUUCUAUCCCGACGAGUGUGCCCAACCGUUACCAGAGUGGCGGCCGAAGGAAUAUCACUUGAGCAAGAGUCCCUGUAUCGAAGUAAGAAACCGCUUCGAAGUCCUGCUUGAUGAUUCAGAGGAAUAG